AUGUGCUCUGUAUAUUGUGAUAAUAGUGAUUUUGUGGCACUAUUAUGUGUCAUGGUGUUACACCUUGUCUUUUUGUUGUGGUUUUUUGAUAUAAAUUUGCGGCUGGACAGAUUCAUCCCCAAUCGUUCUGCAAUGGAUUUUAACUUUGCGAAUUACAUGCUUACGGGUGGGAAGGUUCAAAAGAAAAGCUCCUCUCCUUCACCAUGGGGAGAAGACUACCUAGAGAUGCUUGCUGAAGUUUUCAACAUGAAUAGGAAACGGAUCCUUUCUUUCAAAAACAAGCCGCCUAAUGAGACUUCUCCACCUUCCCUAGAGCCAUAUGUGAAGCCUAGGAGAUAUAUUUCUAAAUCAGAUAGGACUUUGGAUACACCUGAUCUUGUGGAUGACUACUAUUUGAAAUUAGUUGAUUGGGGUAGCAGCAAUUCUAUUGCUAUCGGUCUUGGAAAUAGUAUCUAUCUGUUGGAUGCAUCAGACAAGUCAACCCCUUAUGAAAUUCAAUUAGCUGAUGAAAACAGUGGCCCAGUUACAAGUGUAAAGUGGGCACCUAAUGGAAUACAUGUAGCUGUCGGUUUGAACAAUUCUGAGGUUCAGCUGUGGGAUGUUACUACCGCACAAAUGGUACGUUUGAGGAUACAAGGCCAUCAUUCAAGGGUCGGAUCUCUCGACUGGAAUCAUGAUAUCUUGACAACCGGCAGCAUGGACGGUUUGAUAAAUAACAAUGAUGUUAGAAUUAACUCAAAUAUUAUUGGGACAUACAGAGGGCAUAAUCAAGAGGUGUGUGGAUUAAAAUGGUCACCAUCAGGUCAACAACUAGCGAGCGGUGGCAACGACAACCUUGUCUAUAUAUGGAACCUUUCUUCUAAUCAAAGAGUCCACCGCUUCUCAGGCCAUACAUCUGCUGUAAAAGCUCUAGAUUGGUGUCCGUUUCAGAGAAAUUUACUAGCUUCUGGUGGCGGAGUAGAUGAUCAGUGCAUCAAGUUUUGGAAUUCCAACACAGGUGCGUGCUUGAAUUCAGUGGACACAGGGUCACAGGUGUCAUGCUUGCUUUGGAGUAGACACGAACGUGAACUUUUGAGCUCUCAUGGUUUCAGUGACAACGAACUCACUCUCUGGAAGUAUCCUUCUAUGAAUAAGUUGACUGAACUCCGUGAACAUACUUUAAGAGUGCUGCAUAUGACUCAGAGUCCAGAUGGGUAUAGGGUUGCAUCUCUAGGUGCUGAUGAGACGCUGCGAUUUUGGAACGUGUUUGGUACACCCCAUGUGGUCAAGAAGGAAAUUAAGAAACACGCAGAACCAUUUGCUUAUGCUGCACUUAUUAGAUGAGGCCCAGGCACUAGUGAUGAUAAUAGUUAUGCUGCUUUUCUCACUAUUUGAUCUGGCUAAUCAAUCUGUACACAAGGGCUAAAUGCACUCACAUCAUCCCUCAAUUACAUUGGUGGCACCAUUGGUCAUGCGCUUGGGGUAAGCUUCCAUCGUAUCCAUUUUGUUUGAUAAGUUGACAUAAUUUGUAAUGGGGUCCUUGAUGCUAAAAGAAAUUAUGAGAGAAGUUUCCAGUUUAAGAAAUGUUUCAAUGGUCAAUACAUAUUCUGGCAAUUACUUCAGAUUUUUCUUAUGCGACUCUCACAAGAGGGCAUGACAGUUGUCGAGAAUGGUACUGCAGUACAUCAUUCAGGAAACACGCAAACUAUAUAAAGAAAAAGACUGGUAUCUCUAACAGGAUAGUGAUACAUGAAACUCCAAGUUCAAGUGUUGGGACUUCAAGGCAAUUACUGCAGAUGAGCACUCAACCACAGAUGCAAACUGAUACAUAAAAACCACUGAAGGCCUAUCAACGUUUCAAUGGUGAUGACUGUAAAAGCAAAGGUUCUACUUUGGGAGCUGAAACCAGUGAAGGCGGAUCUUGAUCUUGCAAAGGAGUGUUGUGCUCAGCUCGAAGAGGUAAAUUAAAUUCUUAGGGAGAAUGGAGGAGAAGAAGGGGGAUCGCCCUGAAGAUCAUUAUCUGGUAUGUCAACGCAUCUUAUGCUUCUGUAGAUGUAAUAGUUUUGACCCAGUUGCUUAUGAAUGGGUCAACGUGGGUUUCUCUGGGAAAUAGUGGAAUACCACCAACUAACGAUGAAGGAUGUGGUGUACAUAGAUGAGAAGAUAGAAGAGGUCUCAGAAGUAUAUUCCAUCAACUCCCUCACAACACAGUACAAACUUGGUAACCCCAACGACUCCUUGGAUUAUAAACCCAGUUGUAAUUGGAGAUGUCUCAUCAAACUGUUAUAUGUGUAGACCUGUAACUUAUAAGCUGUAAAAUGUAAUUGUUCAAAAUGUGGAUUUUUUGGUAGUACAUGUAUGUAUGCUUAUUUUAGGGCCAGACUUGGCAAUUUCUCAAUGUUGAUUGAUCGACUAUUCAGUCUAUUCUCUAUUAUAUAUGUUCUUGCCAACCA